UACCCUUAUUCGCUAACUUUCGGAUUUUCAGCUGUCAACUGGCCUCAGUUGUCAACCGAACUUUGAUGUCAACUGACAAUUCCAAAACAUCGGUAUUUAGUAUCGCAUGAAGUGGACAUCAGUGGAUAUCUUUUCACGGUGCUUAACGUAAAAACUAUGGUGACUAGCAGGGGUACUCUUGACAACUCUAGUUUUUAUCGACUAUUAUACUGCUAAGGUGGAAAUACCUUAUUAGCAUUACAUUACUACGUUUGAGAGAACGCUUUAUUUUCAACGUGUUAUACAUUUAAAAACAAUCUGUCUCGGUAAAAUUCAGUAUUUGCUUUCUAUUGUGUGUGAACUUGGUGUCUAAAGUUCCGUGUGGUUGAACAAUAUUUUAACUGAGAACAUUGUGAGUAUUGUAGUUAUUGUGAAUUAAACAACUUAAAUUCCUGUUUUGCAUGCAAAGCAAUAAUUGAUACACCAUUUUAUUAUUAUUUAGGUUUAAAAUGCCAGGACGCAGGAAAGUGUCACUGAGGCAAAUGGAGCUGCUUCUAGAGUUUGCGCAUUCCCAUCGCGACAUAGCGUUGGGCCGCUUUCCGCCAGGUCCUCAGGGAGUGCGGGACACUCGAGAAGCAUGGCGGUCGAUUUCGGUGGCACUUAACUGUGUCGGCAGCGGAGCCACUAAAACGCCGGACCAAUGGCGCCGAUAUUGGAUAGAGUUCAAAGCAAAAACAAAAGGAAAAGCUGCAGACAUGCGGAGGAGCACAUCUGCGACUGGUGGAGGCCCUAACAGGCUGGUCCCUCUUAACUAUAUAGAGGAAAAGGUGCUGGCUUUGUUAGGCCCUGUUGUGGUUGAGGGAUUGCCUGGUGUGCGCUUGCCCAUUGAUAUAUUGUCACUUGGUGACCCACCAACUUCCCAGCCAUCGAUGUCUGGAGCUGUGGCUGUACACACCUCACAGCCUCCGGUGCCUCCUAAGCCCUCAACCUCUACUUAUGAUGAGCAGAUAAUGGAGGUUGAAUGGCUUGACGACAGCCUUCUAGAGGGGACACAGCCUGUGGAGCAGAUGCCUGCUGCAGAGGCUGUGGAGCAGAUGCCUGCUGCAGAGGCUGUGGAGCAGACGCCUGCUGCAGAGGCUGUGGAGCAGACGCCUGCUGCAGAGGCUGCGGAGCAGACGCCUGCUGCAGAGGCUGUGGAGCAGAUGCCUGCUGCAGGGGCUGUGGAGCCCACACUAUCCAGUGAGGCUGCUAUUAGGAAUUCUGAGAGAGAUGGUCCACAAUGUUCAACCCCGAGCCAGCGUCAACGACCACGACGAGCGAAUGUUCGCAGAGAGGAGUCAAUACCUCGUUGGGCCUAUGACCUGGAAUUGAGGAGAAUAGAGGUGGAGACCCGACUCACAGAAGCAGUGGAGGGGAUGCUUGGGGUUUUAAGAGACAUUCGGGACGACUACCGCCGGCAAACAAACCGGGAAUGAUUACCUACUGCGUUGGUCUAGUUGUCGUUCCGAAUGUUGCAAACAAUGUAUCCUCCGCGGCCCCCCCCUCUAUCUUUUGGGUCCAAUGUUUAAAAACGUCAGCGGUUUUACCCAUGCCCAUAGGACCCCUUGUAAGUGGAUGUCUACACCCUACGUUGUGAUUGUUAAUUAGUUUUUAUAUUAAAAAAGAUUUUAAUUAGAAUAAUUAUUAUUAAGUGAAAUUUUAAAUAAUGUUGUACCUUUUAUUCUAAGAAUAAAUAGCGUUUAUAAGA